AUGUGUCUGAAUAGGAAAAGAGAUGAGACUCUUCCUAAUUCAACAGCAAAUCUCAUUCCUAUCAGAAGUAAGGAUGACCUUCAUUCAGUAGUACCCCCACUAGUGGAAAACCCCUCUUCUACACCAUCAUACCUCACCCUCACUGUGGUGUCAUCCAGCAGAAGCAUAGUAGUCCCUACACCUCAUACUUCACCACUCCAGUUAGCCACCAAACCUCUACCAGCUGAAUUGGCAAGCAGCAGUCCCACAGUCAGGCCCAGUUUCCUUUCAGGAAUCUUCAAUUCUCCCAAAUUAAUCAACCCACCAGUUCCCACAGAACAAUACCCAGUCCCCGUUCAAACAGAACCCAAACCAGAAUUACCCAGAUCUCCAGUCAAUCUUGAUCUAGAAGAGGAUCCAGCCAAUAGACAUCCAAACAACCCAGAUGACAGCAAGCCCAAACCCAGUGAUCAAGAAGAUGAAGAUGACAUGGCAGAUAACAACAAUGGAGCAGUCAACAAGCCCAACCAAUUUGAAGGAGAUAAGGGAAAGAGCAAAGAAUUCUUGAAUGAAUUAUACAUGUACUUGUUAAGGGACCUGACAACUGAGGAUCAGGAGUUCAACUGUUAA